AUGGCUACUUCUUCAAAAUCCAAACAUGUUCGAUCAAUCAGUUUGCCUAGAUCACAUUUCACUCAAAAAGUUGAAGAGGCAGUCAAUAACCUCAAAACAUUGAAGAUAUCAACUGCAUCGACAGCAGAGACCAUGCACGACGGUCUACUCGGUCUAGAGGAGUUAUACAAGUGCAUGAAUGAUUUACUUAACUUGCCUCAAACACUUCAAGAACUAUCUCAAUAUCAACAAGGGAAAUUGGUUGAAGAUUUAUUGGAUAAAUCCGUGAGGCUUCUUGAUUUGUGUGGCACUAUAAUGGAACUUGUCUUACAAUAUAAAGAAAAUGUAAGAGACCUUCAAUCCUCUCUCAGAAAGAGAAAAACAGAUUCGACAACAGAAACCAGUAUUACCAAAUUCACCACCUUCAACAAGAAGAUAAAGAAGGAAGCUAAAAGAUUAGUCUUGAUCUUAAAGAAAAUGGAUCAGAAGACUGAGGGAUUUGUAUCCCAAGAUGCAGAUCAAGACACAGUAGAUAUGAUUAAAACACUAACAGAGGCCAAUGCAAUGCGCAUUUCCAUUUUUCAAAUGUUCUUGUCUUUCUUGUCUGUUCCACUUUUGAAGCCAAAAUCAUCUAAAUUGUCAUUGGUUUCAAGCUUUGUGAACAAGGGAAGAAUUGCAUGUGUAGGCCAAGAAGAAAAAAUGAACUUGGAAACUAGGCUGGAAUCAUUUGAGGCUCACCUUGACAACUUUGAAAAUGGCUUGGAAGGAUUAUUUAGGCGCAUGAAUAGAUCAAGAAGCUCUCUCCUAAAUAUGAAAUCCUGUUAA